GAUCUGCUGGUAAUACCUAUGUAUUGAAAAAAGCAGCAUUGGCAGGUAAUUAGAUAUAUCACAAAUUGUGUAGUACAAUCAAUUCUACUUCUUACUUCAUAUUGUUUACCAGUAGAGGAAGAUUUAAAUGUUAUACUCUUUUGUGCAUAAGUGCAGCUUUUACAAGGAAUAUGUCCACAUUUGUAGAAUCCAUUAGUUGGAUUUAACCAUUUUGUUUUUGAUAUACUCUUAUCCCUCUCUGAUAGAUCUGUUCUAGUGAUAUCACCUAAAUUUUUAGCUCUUCUUGCUAUGAAUUUCACUCUUUUUUUGUUAACAAUUUGUUUAAGAGUAUCAUCUACAUGUAAAAUAGGUAAAUUCCUAGUAAGAAUAUUACAGAUCUCGUUGUAUUGUAAGCUGUAUUUUGUAAUAAAUAAAAUGUUAUCAUCUUGUAUUCUGUUCUUAUUUUCUUUAUAUUUGUUUUUGUUUUUACUAUUGGUAGAAGUAAAUAGGGUAUUUCUAUCUAUUUUUAGUAUAUCUUGUUCAAUAUUUUGGAGCAUUGUCUCGAACACAUACGAACACAAAUAUACAUACACACACACAUAUAUAUAUAUACGCACGCACACAUACGAACACAAAUAUAUACACACAUAUAUAUAUACACACACACACACCCACGCACACAUACAAACACAAAAAUACACACACACACAUAUAUAUACGCACGCACACAUAUGAACACAAAUAUACACACACAUAUAUAUAUACACACAAUUGAUAGUACAUUUGUAAGCAUGAUCUGACCAGAUUAUGGUAAUUACCUAUUUUUAGGACCGGUCAGGGGCUGUGCUUCUGAUAAACACCCAAUCUUGUACUUCGGCCAUGCUUCAGCCUUUUAUAAACAAGGCAGAGGUUAAUUGUUCAGGGCAAACAUACUGCUCUGUUGAUGAUGAAAUUUCGUUUCCCUGAAAUAGAGAAGAGAUUUAUUUAAGAGCAGAAAUGAGUCAACACUGACUGGGAAAUAAAACUUAAAUCUGCGCAGAAGAUCUGAUUUUAUAAACACUGCAUGAAGAAUGAAUAAGUCGCUACUACUGAUACUCUGCACUGUACUUACUAUACUAUGGCCAACAGUGUGCCCAGAAGAAAGUAGAAGCACAGGGACAUGUGAAAUGUCACCUAUGGAGCAUGGACGCUUCUUGCCAAACAAAGAGUUGUUUAAAGUGGGGGAACAUCUGCAAUAUGAAUGUGAUGAAGGAUACAUGAGUAUUCUGCGCAAUAUUGUGCAGAAAGUACAGUGCCAAGCAGCAGGCUGGUCAGAUGCUCCACAGUGUAUUGAAAUUACGUGUUCUGUAGACUCAGCUGGAUUUCACAAUGUUCGUCAGUCUUACCAUAACGGGGACGUAGAACAAUUUUCUUGUAAAGGUCACUUGGAGUUGGAGGGCUCAGAUAUCAGCCAGUGUUACUACUACGGAUGGGACCCCCCAUUACCAACAUGUCAGGUUUCAGAUAAAAAGAUCAGGUGCCCACCCCCUCCUCAGCCAGCUAAUACAGAACAAACCCUACACAAGAGGGAUUAUUUCAGUGGCGAUAAGGUUGCGAUAAAGUGCCAGCCAGGGUUCAAACUCUAUGGCUCUGCCUCAGUAUUGUGCAAGGAUGGACACUGGACUUCUCCCCCCCAGUGUGUCCGUGUAGGGAACUGUGAAUCUCCUCCUCCUGUACAAUUUGGGACAAUUUCACCAGCAACCAAACAGAAGGAAUUUCCGGUCGGUCGUGUUGUAACCUACAGGUGCAAUGAGGGCUUUCACAUGAGGGGGUCAGAUAAGGUUCUCUGUAUUGAUGGGGAGUGGGUUUCACCCCCUGUGUGUCUCAAGAUUGGCGAGAGCUGCUCCUCACCUCCUGUAAUCAGACACGGGGAAUUGAAAAGCUUCAUACAGGAGCAGUAUCCGUCGGGAUCCUCUGUAGAGUAUCAGUGUCAGAGGUAUUUUAAACCCCAGGGAAGCCUAAACAUCACCUGUGAACAUGGGCAGUGGUUAGACCCCCCCAUCUGCUUGGAGCCUUGUACAGUUGUGCAGAGCAAUAUGGCAGCACAUAAUAUUCGGCUGAGACGAGAGGAUGAUGAUAAACUGUAUUCUGAGCAUGACAAUGUGGUGGAGUUCAUGUGCUUACCCGGAUUUAAACCAGAACUGUCUGACAGCUUCAAAGUCAGAUGUAACAGAGGGAAACUGAACUACCCAAAAUGCGUUGUGCAAGGAUCCUGCACACUAUCUCACCAAACUAUGGGCAAAAAUUUUAUUGAGCCAAAAAAUGGUGAACUGGAAGUUGAAGCGGGGAAGAGCAUAGAAUUCCAGUGCCUUAAAGAAACUGUUCCAGAACAAGGACAAGUCCUGAGAUCAGCGUGUACUGAGGGCAAAAUACAGUAUCCGAAAUGUGUCCGAAAAAGACUGUGCACGCUGUCACAAGAGACUAUGAUGAACAAUUAUAUUGAGGUGAAAAAUGGUGAAAGGGAAAUUGAAGAAGGGAAAAGCGUUGAAUUUCAGUGCGCAGGAGAAACAGUUACGGAACAAGGACAUGUUCUUAAAGUGACAUGUGUUAGAGGCAACAUUGUGUAUCCUAAAUGUGCCAAGGACAUUCCAGGAUCCUGUAGAUUAUCCGAAGAGAGUAUUAACAACAACAACUUGAUUCUCGGGUCUGCAAGAAAAAACAAAAUGUAUAGAGAAGAGGAGAGACUUCUUGUCCGGUGCAAGCCACGCCACUUCCAUUCAUCCUUAGCGCCUCUGGAAAUAGUAUGCAAUAACGGCGUGAUGACUUACCCCAAAUGCUUUACAGAAAAGCCUUGCCGAUUAAAUCAAGACAAAUUAGAUGAGAACUUCUUAGAGCUGGAUCCGGUUCAUAAUAACGAUGUGAUCUAUGAGAACAACUCCCAUAUCAAGUUCGUGUGUAAGCCGGGACAUGUCAGUGACUCCGAUCUGACCGGAAUAUGUAUUAAGGAAGAUAUCCUCUAUCCAACGUGCCGAGAGAGUGCUGACAAAUUCUAGAUCUUAUGAGCAAUGAAUGAAAUGCAGCCGUGUUGGGGAUCUCUUAUCAUAUGAAUUUAUUUAAAAAAUGGACAAUGUGACUUGAGUUCAUGGACAAUCGUCUGUAGUUAUCAGUAUGUUUCAGUAUUUAUGCCCUGCACCUGACGACACCGCAAUGAAAUGACGUCUCUGCUUGUGUGGGACCUGAUGGAAUGUAUUAUCCACGGUUAUCUUAGUAAUGUCUGCUCUUAUGUUAUGAUCUCAUGAUAUAACCCAAUAUGUGCAUGUAUCAUCACCUACAAUAUCAUGAUAUAACCCAAUACGUGCAUGUAUCAUCACAAACAAUCUCAUGAUAUAACCCAAUACGUGUAUGUAUUAUCACAUACAAUAUCAUGAUAUAACCCAAUACGUGCAUGUAUCAUCACAUACGAUAUCAUGAUAUAAACCAAUACGUGCAUGUGUCAUCACAAACAAUCUCAUGAUAUAACCCAAUACGUGUAUGUAUUAUCACAUACAAUAUCAUGAUAUAACCCAAUACGUGCAUGUAUCAUCACAAACAAUCUCAUGAUAUAACCCAAUACGUGUAUGUAUUAUCACAUACAAUAUCAUGAUAUAACCCAAUACGUGCAUGUAUCAUCACAUACGAUAUCAUGAUAUAAACCAAUACGUGCAUGUGUCAUCACAAACAAUCUCAUGAUAUAACCCAAUAUGUGCAUGUAUCAUCACAUACGAUCUCAUGAUAUAACCCAAUAUGUGCAUGUAUCAUCACAUACGAUCUCAUGAUAUAAACCAAUACGUGUAUGUAUUAUCACAUACAAUCUCAUGAUAUAACCCAAUACGUGCAUGUAUCAUCACAAACAAUCUCAUGAUAUAACCCAAUACGUGUAUGUAUUAUCACAUACAAUAUCAUGAUAUAACCCAAUACGUGCAUGUAUCAUCACAUACGAUAUCAUGAUAUAAACCAAUACGUGUAUGUAUUAUCACAUACAAUAUCAUGAUAUAACCCAAUACGUGCAUGUAUCAUCACAUACGAUAUCAUGAUAUAAACCAAUACGUGCAUGUGUCAUCACAAACAAUCUCAUGAUAUAACCCAAUAUGUGCAUGUAUCAUCACAUACGAUCUCAUGAUAUAACCCAAUAUGUGCAUGUAUCAUCACAUACGAUCUCAUGAUAUAACCCAAUACGUGUAUGUAUUAUCACAAACAAUCUCAUGAUAUAAACCAAUAUGUGCAUGUAUCAUCACAUACGAUCUUAUGAUAUAACCCAAUAUGUGCAUGUAUCAUCACAUACGAUCUUAUGAUAUAACCCAAUAUGUGCAUGUAUCAUCACAUACAAUCUCAUGAUAUAACCCAAUAUGUGCAUCUAUUAUCACAAACAAAUACUUACAUGUGAUAAUAUAACUGGAUAAAGUAUAUAAUUGAAACUAAUACAAUUUAAAGGAUAUGUGUGUCAGUGUAAAUAUUCAAACAGCUUGAUAUACUGGUAUAAUCUGUGAAAUAUAUAAAAUAAUAAAGAAAAUAAUGGCCACAUGGACAUAA